AUACUGUAACUUUUAUACCGACUGAUGUUAGUUAUGAAGAAGCCAGCGUUAUAUGUGCUAAUCAGUUAGAAAAUGUUGACUUUUUCCCAAACACCCAGCGAAUAGUUAGACUCACAAAGAGCAAGUCAGAGAAGUUAAGUGCCAAUGAAUCUGAGGUGUGCUGCAGUAACCGUUUCGGUGGCCGACUGGCGACUCCACUUGAAGUUUACAAUGCUUCGUACUCGCUAGGUGUUGAUUUUUGCAUAGAAGGCUGGUAUUUGGGAUGGUUGGCUGGUAAUCCGUGUACUGGAUCAAACUCCCCUUCUGAAUUCUGGUUUUAUCCGACAGGAAAUGCGAUUAAAUUGAUUGAUCCAAUGAUGAAAUACUUUUCCUUUUGUUACAUUACUCUCCCAAACCAUCGCAUCACCUCCCCAGAUCCCUUUCCCCCUCACCGAGUAAUGUGUGUAUGUGGUGAUUUUGGCCCUCCUAAGAGGUAUACCCUUACUUACCAAGAAGUUGUGUUCAGGUGCAUAGGCUAUGGGGGAACAUUGGCAAACAGAGCACAGGUAGAAAAUGCACAGCGUUUAGGAUACGACUGCUGUAGUGCUGGUUGGGUUCAAAGUGGAGAGGUCAUUUUCCCUAUAACACAUCAGAGAAGUAACUGCCCUCCUACCAAUGACGACCCUCUUAAAAGUUGGGGUUAUUAUGAUCGUAGCC